CGUGCACUCUCUGCGCUCGCUUUGUACAGAGCGCGCCUCGGCGUUGUACCGGCUUGGCUCGCCGCAUGUGAUGCGCGGACUGUGGCGCCUGUCGGGUCUGGAGCUUCAGCAGCUGGCCGACAGCGUGGUCAGCCAGUCUCCCUUGCGACAGGUGGCCUGGUGGGACCUGGCGCCGCUGUUCGUGCCCCACAGGCUCCACGAGCUGCUCCUCGACAGGCUGCUGAUCGCGCACGGCGACCUGCGAGCUUUGCUCGGCGCCAUCGAGCCGACAGUGCUGACGCGGCUGCGGGUCACCAAGAUCCGGUGCACGUGCCAGGUGAAGAGGAACGUCAGUUCUACAUCUGGCAUCCACUUGGGCUUGGGCGAGGCGUGCGCGACGCAGUACAGUGAGGACGUCGAACGCCUGGCGGGAUUGCUGGCCGAGGCCAAAUCCUUGCAGGAGCUGGCGACCGACCUGCCGGUCAACGUGGGGCGUCUGGCCGCAUCCGGUCCGUACGAGGCCCUGAAGCGCGUCCGCCUGGUGCGGGUGACGUCGUCACUGGUGAACCCCGGGGGCCGCCCCACGUACGACCGGUACUUCCUGUCGAGGAGGGAGGUACUGUCGCUGCUCCAGCAGAUGCCAGCGCUGCGCGAGCUACGCUGCGAUGCGUCGCAAGCCAUCGGCUCGCUGGAGGACGGCGAGCUGGCGCUGUUCGCGCGCCUGGAAGUGGUCCACCUGCUGCACGAAGCGCCCGAGGCAAACGCCUCGAGUGAGGAGCCCUUCGCGCCCUGCGCGCAGUUUCUCGUCGCGCACUGCCCCAACGUACGAGAGGCGCUGGCGGACGCCUGUCCCGCGCUGGAAUCACUGGUAGCGCGGUGCUUCCUCCGGCGGAGCAACCAGCCGGUUACAAGGGACGACCGCGGCAUACGCCAGCCGCCUCCCUCGCCGCCCGGCGCCGUGGCCAGGACCCUGUCAUCGCUGGCGGAUAUCGAGCUGGUCACCCUGAGGGACGCCGCGGCGCUGAUGCCGCUGUGCCCCGAGCUGCGCACUAUCACGCUCACGCUGCCCCACAUGGAUCCCGCGGACGCGCACGAGCUGGCCGACCUGUGCGAGCGCUGCCCGAAGCUCGAGCGCAUCACGCUCAACCUGAUGGGCUCUUACCCGCACCUCACGGUCGUCCACUUCUUGCAACGCGUCGCACGCGUGCCUCAAGUGCAAGUCUUUGUCGUGAAAACACCAGACGUGUACACCGACCUCAACACGGCAGGUCCUGCCAACCAGGACCUAUGAAGAUAAUGCACUGCAAUGACAGCUAAG